AUGUGUGGCAUAUUUGGGUAUUGCAAUUUUUUGAUUGAGAAAACAAGAGGAGAAAUUCUUGACACCCUGAUCGAGGGCCUACAAACAUUGGAAUACAAAGGUUAUGACUCAAGCGGUGUUUCAAUUCAAGGCGAUGAACUCAGUUCUAUCAACGUUUAUAAGCAGACUGGUGAAAUAAGCAACCUGAAGAGAGAAAUUGACCUCCACAAUCCUAACAGAGACCUGCCAUUUAUUUCUCAUUGUGGCAUCGCUCAUACCAGGUGGGCAACACAUGGUGAGGUAAGAUAUGCAAAUUGUCAUCCUCAUAACUCAGACUCUUCUAACGAAUUUGUCGUGGUGCACAACGGGGUCAUCACCAACUUUGAUAAUCUGAAAGCUUUGCUAGCAAGAAAGGGCCAUGUAUUUAAAGGUGACACCGAUACCGAAUGCAUUCCUAAACUAUACAAGCAACUUUAUGAUACAAGUAUUCGGCUCGGGUACAGCCUUGAUUUCCAUGUAUUAACAAGUUUGGUGCUAGAAAGAUUGGAGGGUUCCUACGGCCUGCUUUGCACUUCUUCCCACUUUCCAGAUGAAGUAGUUGCUGCAAGAAAGGGUUCUCCGUUAGUUAUCGGUGUCAAAGGUAGAAGAAAUCUUAAAGUAGAUUUUAUCGAAAUCGAGUAUCUAGAUCAUAAAGAAAACUACCUUGAAAUUAAUGUGCCAAACAAGAAUCCUGGAGGUAUCCCCCCCAGCGUUCCUUUGAAAUAUGAUACUUGUCUAAGAAAGUCCCCGCCUCUCCGUUCACAAUACAUAGAAGCUUCUACAAGAGAGGGCAGUGUUUCUACUUUCAAUUACGUGUCAUCAAGAGAACUAUCGGCAGAUAAUGGAUUACCACAACCCAUUGAAUUCUAUUUGUCAUCCAAUUAUUCGUCAUUAGCACAAUAUGCAGAUAAAGUGUUGCAUUUGGAGGAUAAUGAUAUUGCCCAUAUUUACGACGGGGAGCUUCAUAUCCAUCGUUCUAAAAGCGAUCCCGAGGCCUUCCCAUUCAGAGCAGUUCAAACCUUAGAACGGAAGUUCUCCCAGAUGAAAAAGGGUUCUCAUGAUUAUCUCAUGCGAAAGAAAGCUUAUGAAGGGCCUGAAAUAUCCAAAUGCUUUGAGAAGAGGAGUCAAUUCCUCUAA